AUGCGAGUAGUCAUUGGUGUUACCUUGCUAGCCGUAGCGGUUUCGUCCUUUUCCUCGGCACCGACCUUCCGGGCCGGGUCCACACGGACGGUGCUGUCGGCGACCAAGGGCUUUGGCGCCGGUCCCGAACCGAAAAAGGCCAAAUCCGAGGGACAAGUCAAGCGCGAAAAGGAAUCUUCCAAGUACGACGAAAUUGCUGGAACCGGUGGCCAAGAAUAUUCCAUUUUUGUCCGCCAGUUUGGUUCGGACGACCAAUCCUGGUUGCCGUGUGGCUCCGUGGCCGUUCCGCGCAACGCUCAGGUCUCGGACGCCGUGUACGCCAACGACGAAGCCUUGCGUAAAGCUAUUGUCCGAACGUAUCCUAAGCUGCGGGGGUCGGAAGAAGAAUUCGAAUUCGGUUACAAUCUCAAAGUGUACCCGGACGAUCCGAUUGAAGUUGCCGUCAAGGGCAAGCCGAGACCCGGCGGUCUCUCGGUAGGCAACUGGAUUUCCACCCUGCUCAGUCCCGUCGAUGCCUCCAAGGUCCCGCCUCCUCCGAUUAAGGAGUGA